AUGCAGUAUCAUCGGCACAUUCUCAGCAAGAAGAUUGCUGAGGAGAGCCAUACUCGAAUCUAUCGUAAGAACUCGGACAGCAGCGAUGACAGCAGUGAAAGUGACACAUGUGUUAGCGAAGCAGGGAACAGAAACCUUUCACCUUCAUCCUCACCUGUUCUACCCAGGAUUGUAACCAAUGGGGAUAAGGGAAACUUGGCUUCAUCCAUCACUGGAUUGACUGUGCCAACUGCCGUUUGUUCCUCUGGACGAGAACAAGAAGAAACACCCUCUUCACCAUCCCAUGCUACUUUCUUGCAGAUGCUUCAUUCUGCAUCAUCAUCUGUUGAUGUGCCUCCCAGGAGCAACCCACUGACUAACAGAUCUACUCUUACAGCUGCUGCCACUAACAUGGCUGCUUCUGCUGAGGUAGCGCAUGAAGUUAGGUGUCAUACUACAAGACCCCAUUCUCCAACACCCACCCCAACUCUCAGACUAUCUCCUCAGGUUCCUAUUUCAUACACAGCUACCUACAACAAUAGUACAACUGCUUCAGCUACGACCAGCUCUAACAGCAACAACAACAACACUAACAACAACAAUGCAACUGCUGUGUUUCCUGUUCGACAGUCAAAUAUUCAGAACACUGUCUCCGAGGACAUUGCUACCAAUUUGACACCCAGUCAGCCGGGAGCAAACUAUUGCCGCAGCUCAAACCGUCGAACAGGGCCAAAGGAAUAUGAGCGUCUGCGAGCUCGCAUGCGUGAGACCCGGGUGCGUCUUGAGCAAAUGGAGAUCACACGUCGGGAGUUGGCUCGCUUCCAGGAACGGCAGAGGCUGCAACACUUGGUUGAGGUGCGUGAGUUGGGACGUCAGCUGAACGAGGUGACCUUUCAGAUUCGACGCCUUCUCAACCAGAUGAGUGCCACGGAUGACCAGAACACCGGUGCAGUUGCUCCCACCCGCAAUAAUAAUCGACAAUAA